GUGUAAAUUAAUUAUAUAAGAAAAAUAAAUAAACAUUUAAUUUCCAAAGCAAUUAAUUUGCGAGAGAAAAAUAUAAAAGUCAUCAUAAAUUAUUAUCGCCAUUGUUAUAAUGGCUACGUUUGUUAACUAAUGCGGAUAAUACAGACAUUUAUCGGACCCCGAUAAUGGAAGCGAAACAAAACAAUCUCGCACCGACCUUAGAGGAGGAAGCACAGUUCGAAAAACUUAUAGCGCCACAAGCUUCAGAUAGAAAACACGAGAUAAUCUCCGCGAAUCUCAUAACAUUUGCUUACGGGCAUAUAUCUGCACUGUACGGCUUGUAUCUUUGCUUCAGUAGUGCGAAAUGGGCGACGAUAAUUAUGGCCUACGUCAUAUUGAUAGCGGCAGAGGUUGGAGUGACGGCAGGCGCCCAUCGACUCUGGACCCACCGGGCGUACAAAGCCAAGAGGCCACUGCAGAUCAUACUAAUGGUAAUGAACUCGUUCGCCUUCCAAAACUCGGCCAUCACUUGGAUCCGGGACCAUCGGAUGCACCACAGGUACAGCGACACGGACGCCGACCCUCACAACGCUACCAGAGGCUUCUUCUACUCGCACAUAGGAUGGUUGCUGGUCAGGAAACAUCCGGAGGUGAAGAGGAGGGGCAAAACAAUUGAUAUGUCGGACAUUUACAGUAAUCCUGUUUUGGUCUUCCAAAAGAAAUACGCGAUACCAUUCAUAGGAGCUGUUUGCUUCGUUAUACCGACUCUCGUACCCAUCUACUUCUGGGGUGAGACGCUGACCAACGCCUGGCACAUCACCUUGCUGCGAUAUAUCAUCAGCCUUCACGUGACCUUCUUGGUGAACAGCGCCGCUCACCUCUGGGGAACGAGGGCUUACGACAAACGAAUUUUCCCGGCGCAGAACCUGAUCGUAUCCCUGCUGGCGGUCGGCGAGGGAUUCCACAACUACCACCACGUUUUCCCGUGGGACUACCGCACGGCAGAACUGGGGAACAACUAUUUGAACUUGACCACGAAAUUCAUUGAUUUCUUCGCGUGGCUAGGGUGGGCCUACGAUCUGAAAUCGGUGCCGGAUAGUGCGGUCCAAAGCAGAGCCGCUAGGACUGGUGACGGUACGAACUCGUGGGGUUGGCCAGAGGAGGACGCAAAUGAAGACAUUCUUAAGCAAACUUCAACUUUAUAGAUGGCUAUUUGUCAUUAAAUUAUGUUCAUUGA